AUGCCGAAAGUAAAAUGGCUCGAAAGUAAAUUUAAUGGGAAUGAUAAAUACCGAGCCUUUCCAUUGCUAGAGGUUUUACAUAUUGGAGGAUUAGAAGCAUUAGAGGAUUGGUUUGAGGCAGGAGUAGCUGCUGAAGAUGGAUGUUUCUUUCCUUGCUUAAUUAAUCUGGUGCUAGAUAGGUGCCCGAAGUUGAAAGAGUUGCCCUCUUUGCCUCCUAAGCUCAAGAGCUUGUGCAUAGGAAUGAUGGGGUGGAAGACUUUGAACUUUGGUUGCAAUUCAAAUCCUAUUCCCCUUGAAAAAUUAGCGGUCUUUGACUGCCCAAACAUUACAUCUCUUCCUCUGGCUGAUGAAAUAGCAAGACUUGCAGCACUAAGAUUCUUGACAAUUAGAAAUUGCCCCAAUCUGAUCUCUCUGGGAAGAUAUCGAGAAGUGGAGACCGCUAAUAAUUGUCAUCUCAUACUCAAUAAUCUCUGGAUAAGUGAUCCAUCGGUGUUGCUAAUGGAGCCAUUGAGAAGUAUCACCUCCUUAAAAGAGCUGAGAAUUGAGCAUAAUGAUGAGGUGGUUUCAUUUCCAAAUGAGGCGGAGCAGUGGUUUCUGAAAGUUAGGUCUUCUCUUUCUGAGCUGCAAUUUUCAUCUCUCAAAUCCUUACAGUCUCUACCUUCCUCCUUGGAAAGCUUAUCUUCACUUCAGAAACUAUAUAUUUAUUGGGCUCCUAUGCUUCGGGAAUUACCGAACCUUCCUCCCUCUUUGGAACGUCUAACAAUUUCGGGAUGCCAUCCAGAAUUAAAGGAGAAGUAUGGAGAGGAUGGAGGCUCCGAUCGGCACAAGAUUGCUCGCAUUCCUCAUAUCUCUAUUCAUCACUGA